AAUUACCUUCCUCUUUGCCAUGCCCCCUUCUGCCAGAGGGAGCCCAGGAGGAGAGAGAGCUUGUCAGGAGCCAGCGAUCUGCUCAGUGGUGCAUUUCAGGUGGCAGGGAAAAAAGAAGGAGGAGGAGGAGAGGAUCUGGAUAAGAAGUAAUGAUGGCUGACGCUGAGGCAGACGUAGGACUCCCCAAUAUUGAGAGGAAGCCAGGCCUCCAGAUAUGGACCAUAGAGAAAAUGAAAAUGGUGCCUCUUCCUGAGAAGGCCUACGGGAGUUUUUUUGAAGGGGACUGUUACAUCAUCUUAAACAACAUGAAGACACGUUCCGGAUUCGCCACGGACCUGCACUACUGGAUUGGGCGCGAUUCCUCCCAGGACGAACAAGGCGCGGCUGCUUUCUACGUGACUCAGCUGGAUGACCUGCUCGGCGGGAACCCUGUCCAGCACAGAGAAGUGCAGGGGCACGAGUCGGCAGCUUUUAAAAGUUAUUUCAAGAACGGCAUCAUCUACAAGAAGGGAGGAGUUGCUUCAGGGUUCAAGCAUGUGGAGACCAACAUGUACAAUAUCAAACGCCUCCUUCACGUCAAGGGGAGGAAACACGUCACGGCUACAGAGGUAGAUCUCUCCUGGAACAGUUUCAACAAAGGAGACGUCUUCCUGUUGGACCUCGGCAAAGUCUUGAUUCAGUGGAACGGUCCCUCAUGCAACGUUGCAGAGAAAUCAAGGGGUAUGGUCUUGGCACGAAGUAUCCGGGACGGCGAGAGGGGGGGCCGUGCUCAGAUUGGCAUCAUUGACAAUGAGAAGGACUGCCCAGACCUCAUGCAGAUCAUGAAAGCGGUGUUGGGGGAGAGGCAGGGGGAGCUGCGGGAAGCAUUGCCUGACGAGAAAGCUGAUGAACUUCAGAAAUCCAAUGUCCGUCUUUACCACGUCUAUGAAAAUGGGAAGGAUUUAGUAGUUCAAGAAAUUGCUACCCGGCCCCUGACUCAAGACCUCUUGCAGAAUGAGGACUGUCACAUUCUGGACCAGGGAGGUUUUAAAAUUUUUGUCUGGCGUGGAAAAGACUCCAGCAAAGAAGAGAAGAAGGCAGCGUUCAGCCGAGCAGUGGGUUUCAUCCAAGCCAAAGGGUAUCCUCCCACCACGAACGUAGAAGUCAUGAACGACGGAGCGGAGUCGGCGAUGUUUAAGCAACUCUUUCAGAAGUGGACCGAAAAAGACGAGUCUCAGGGACUUGGCAAGACCUACAACGUUGGCAAAAUUGCCAAAGUAGAUCAAGUCAAAUUUGACGUCACUCAGUUGCAUGCGAGACCGGAGCUGGCUGCUGAACAGCGGAUGGCAGAUGAUGCCUCUGGAAAUGUAGAGGUGUGGAGGAUUGAGGAUCUAGAAAUGGCUCCGGUUGCUCCCAGGACCUACGGGCAGUUCUAUGGCGGGGAUUGUUACCUCAUCUUGUACACCUACACAAAAUUAGGCAGGCCUCAUUACAUCAUCUACAUGUGGCUUGGCCGCCACGCCUCGGCGGAUGAAAUUACUGCGUGCGCCUUCAAUGCUGUGGAGCUGGACAAAAAAUACGGGGAUGAGCCGGUGCAAGUUCGAGUGACGAUGGGGAAGGAGCCGAGACACUUCCUCUCCAUCUUCAAGGGGAAACUGAUCAUCUAUGAGGGAGGCACAAGUCGUGCCCAGAAGAGUGAGCCGGAGCCCGCUGUCCGGCUCUUCCAAGUGAGGGGGACAGAUGAAUUUAACACCAAGACUGUCGAGGUCCCAGCAAGAGCCUCCUCGCUCAACUCCAACGAUGUCUUCCUUCUCAGAACCAACCAAAUGUGCUACUUGUGGUGUGGAAAGGGGUGCAGUGGGGACGAGAGAGAGAUGGCCAAGAACGUGGCCGACAUUAUCUCCAAGAGGGACAAGCAGACCGUGCUAGAGGGCCAGGAACCAGCGGAGUUCUGGGUCGCGCUUGGAGGAAAAGCCCCCUACGCCAGCGAUAAGAGGUUCCAAGAGCAGUUUGCCCAGUACCAGCCCCGCUUGUUCGAGUGCUCCAAUCAGACGGGCCGGUUCAUCAUGACAGAGAUUGUGGAUUUUUGCCAGGAUGACUUAGACGAGGAUGACAUCAUGCUGCUGGAUACCUGGGAGGAGAUUUUCCUUUGGGUUGGCAAAGCUUCCAACGACUAUGAGAAGAAGGAGUCCCUGCCCUCGGCCAAAGAUUACCUGAAGACCCACCCAGCGGGAAGAGACUUGGGGACACCGAUUAUUGUGGUGAAACAAGGUCACGAACCCGUCAACUUCACAGGCUGGUUCACCGCUUGGGACCCGUACAAGUGGAGUGAUGGCAAGUCCUCCUACGAGGAGAUUAAGAGCAGCUUGGGAAACGUAGCCACCAUUUCGGAGAUCACCGUGGACCUUAAAAAUGCCAACUUGAACAACAGGAAUGCCAGCAGUAAGCCUGCCACCAAUUCAGCCGUUUUGGAGACUGACAGGAGGCCGCCAGUACACCAACUGCCCUCCAGCAAUGGUGGUGGCGGCGACAGCGGCAGCUACAACAACAACCCCACCUCCGUGGAGACCAAUGGGACUGGCGCAUAUCACAGAGAUGCUUUGAUCAACAAGACGGUGGAUGACCUUCCGGAGGGAGUGGACCCCACCAAGAAAGAGUACUACCUGUCUGACGCAGAUUUUUAUGACAUCUUUGGGAAGACCAAGGACGAGUUCUACCAGAUGCCCAGGUGGAAGCAGCAGAAUGAGAAGAAACAAUUUGGACUCUUUUGAGCAAAGGAGCUUUCGGCCUGCACACCUGCUUGCCGGCUGGCUGGCUCCUUAGAACUCAUUUUGGGAUAACUCCACGGGUGUGGGAGGAAGUGAGCCUGGAUAAAAGGUGCUUCCCUCCAUCAUUGCCCCCACUAUGAAAAAGGACUAUUUAAAGACCCCACACACACACACACACCUGUCUUGAAAUCAGUUUUGUCAAAGAAAGGCUUGGUAGAUUAUUUCCUUCCCCCUGCACCUGAGCGCCUGAAAACGGCAACCUCUUUUGCCUGCCAAGCUUUUUAUAAUUUAUCUGUGCGGGGAGAAAGUUCCUUGCAUUUGAUGAGUUUGGAAAUUCAGGGGUUCCACGUGAAGUUGUAAGCUUCAGGCAAUGUUGAAGGGGAAUGAAAGACUGGCCUCUAGGGCUAAUUCUGGACCCUUUGGAAAUUUGGAAGGGGGGAAGUCUCAUUCUCUCUCUCUCUCUCUCUCUCACACACACACACACACACACACACACAACACACACACACACUCCUUAGUUAUGCAGCAACUGGCCUCCAAUCUGAAGGCAUGGAAUUGAAUACCCUGACCCAUCCUUUCCUCCUCCUUUGUAAAUAAAGCAGUGCUGAGUGCAGUUGCCUCAGGUGGCAGAUGGUGAGGGGCAGGCAGCAACAGCAAGAUGUCGGGAGGACAGACGCCCAUACGUUGCCCUCUGGUACGGUGGAGGACCAUUUCCGCCCCGUUGCUUCUGGAUGGCUUCUCUCCAUGAAAUUUGAGAGGACAGCGCCACCUUGUCCUUUACCUCAGGCGGCCAUGUUUUGGGCUAGUCUUAUUCCUUGUGCUCACAAGGACCCCGGAGCAUCCGUCUGGGUGCCACUGGAAACAAACGUUGGGCCUCUGCUCUCACUUAUUUUCUUUUCUCUCUCUCUUAUGAAGCCAGGAUUGGGAAGAAAGGCAGCGUACCAGUGGCCUCAUCUGGGGCCAGGGGAAAUUGUAUCGCUCACGUUUUGAAGCGUUUUUGGGAUUUUGCGUUUUAAGGGGUAUAAAGAGGAGGAACCCCACGUGAACUGUCUGGGGUCACAGUCUUGACUAUAGUUGCUAAGUUUAUCAUUAUUAUACUGCCAGUCAGGCUAGGGGUGAGGUGCUGGUGGAAUAACCGCUCUCAUUUCGCUGGCAAAUAAGCAUGUGAGGGAUUUGGGUGAAUAUCACAAUAUGAUGAUCAGUAUAUGAUGAAGCUGCCUAGAGAGUCUUAAAUAAUGAGAAUUGUAGAUCUUGGGCUUAACGUUUGUGGUACCCUAGAUUGCUCCGUGAAUGUUUAUGGUACCCUAGAAGUGUAAGGUUGCACCCUGAGGGCUGUAACUCCACGCUGCUUUUCUCCUCAAGGUUUAAUGGCACCUUUUCUCAUCCAAAGGCCUCAAAGGCCUUUCAGAGAAAACAUCCAGAAAAAACAGCGCCAGUGGCAAAGGAAUUCACAACAUUCCUCACAGUUUCCAUCACAGCUACCUGUGGCCAUUUCACAUUGUUCACUUCUGUGCCAUGAUUUCGAAAUAAAAAAAAUCAGUGACCAGCGGCGUGCGUUUUUCAUAAAUCUACAUACGGUAGCUUCACUUGGGACGAAAUCAGCAAGUGAAAUUGGGGCGCUCCUGUUUUGUCUUCCAUUUUGCCCCCAAGAGGAAGGACUUGUGGCCGACCCCACCAUGGUUUAUCGUGUGGUAGAGAUCCUUGAAUGACUUUUCGCAUCUUGAAUGGGAGAAGGAACCAGUGUCUGGGUAGGAGACCCUGACAUGGAGGUUAAAACAUACAUAGAGCCACAGUAAUAGUUGCCAACCUAUUUUGGCCAGCAGGCCCAUUUGGACUCUUGAGACGUUGCUGUGGGUGUCAGUAACAAAAUGGCUGCUGUCAGGCAUAAUACAAAAUGGCUGCCGUGUCGGAAAGAGCAGAAAAUGCUCCCACCAUCAUUGGGGGCGGGGGGGGGGCUCUGCCAUGCUUGCUCAGAAAGCAGUUUCUUGAACCUCUCCUCUGUUAAGAACAGGUGGGAGGGUAGAUGUUCAAUCCUGCCAUUCAAGAAAAAGUGAGCAUUUGGGGUGGGGGCAGAGUUCAAGGUAGGAGAGCUUGCGCUAAGCCAGUUUAGUUGGCUAUGUGCAGUUACACAUCAGUUGAACCCAGUAAGAAAAAUAAAUAGGAAAAGAUGAAGCAGAGAAACAUUCUUUUUUUACUUUUCAUUUUAAUCGCAAUUAAAAAAUAUAUUAUUUACGGUAUAUCGUACUCUUGUCAACCCUCUAAAUCUGUAGCUUUAAAUUAAAAAAAAACACAAUAUAAAAGUUUUGUUUGCAGAAUGAUUGGGUUAUAUCUCGCUAAGCCGUACUAAAAAGCAGAUCCGCUGAAAUAAAGGGACUUUCAUUAGCUGCGCUCGCCAGUUCCAAUGGGUCUACUCAACAGUAUGACUGACAUGGGAUAUAACCCAUUUAGGGAAGAUCCACUGUCAUGUCAGGGCAAGAAGUGGGAGCGUUGGUGGUGUUGGGCAAACUAUUUUUGUUGUGUAAACAACAGGAACACAACAGUACAAGACUGCAAAUGAUAGGCUGGCAGGGGGUUGGACUAGAUGACCAAUUGGUCCCCUUCCAACUCUAUGAUUCUAUGUCUUACACCAGCCCAGGCUCCCCAUUGGAUUCAGCUAUUGCAUUAUGACUCUGCCAGGGCUCCACUUAUGGCAUAUCUGUUAAAAGUCAGCUACAGUUGCAUCUCAACCAUCGUCCUUUUUUCUUUUCUUCAAGUUACCACCCCAUGAUUGUUUUCUACACAAACAGAAUAAGGCUGGGGCAGUUAUAAGGUCCCAAU